AUGACUACAGUUGAAGAAUAUUUGAUGCUUGGAUAUCGAAUAUAUUAUUAUUUUUACUUGGGAACUUCAAUAACUCUUCAGUUGUUUCUUCUUUUUAUUAUCAUCAAUACAAAAACCAAACUUUUGGUUGAGAUGAGAAUUUAUUUGAUUAAUACUUUAAUACUUCAAAUGAUCAUUUGUUCAAUGGCAACAUGUUUACAAUCCAGGUAAAAACUCUAAUGCUAUAUCAAAUUUUGAAUCAAUAAUCUUUUUUAUUUAUAGAAUUGUGCCUAAUAGGAAUACUGUCAGUUUGCUAUGUUUGGGUCCAUGCAGAUAUUAUGGAGCACAGUUCUGUCAACAUAUCUUUGAGCUUUUACAGGUGAGCGAUUUAUUUUAGAUAUCAAAGUCUAAAUUAAUUAUGGAAAUCGGAUAACUUUUUGCAGACAGCUCAUAUUGCUUGCGCCACAUCGUUAAUUCUGGCGUUUUAUUAUAGAUACAAACUACUAAAAAUUGGAAGUGUCAAAAAGACAACAAGAUAUUUACAUUUCUCGAUAAGUUACAUUGUUCCACUUCUAGCAUUAGGAUGUUCACAAUUGGCCCCAUCUGAUUUAGAUGUUGUUAAAGAUGAAGUGAUCAAAUUACAUCCAACAUACAACGUCGAACAAUAUGCAAUCAUUGGAUAUUCAGGUAUUUAUACUGCUGGAGGUAUUUUAAAUCAAGUGAUGUAUGCGUUAGCAGUAUACGCAUCGCCCAUAAUUGCAAUUGUUUAUCGAAGAAAAAUUCUGAAUCUUUUGAAUACGUCACAAGCUUCAAAAUUGGAAAGAAUUGAUCAAUCAAAAAGCAUGAUAAGAGUCAGUUGAUUUUCUUAUUUUUCAGAUAAUUGUACUUUUAAGCUUUUUCUUCGAAAACAUGCACUAUAAGUUUUCAGGGACUAACGAUACAAACACUAAUUCCAAUUGUCGCAUAUAUCCCAAUUCUCACGUUUUACGGAAUUGCAACAUAUGCUGAUUUCAAUAGUAUUAUAAUCGAGUUUAUCAUCAGUCCAACAACAAUCAUUUACACAAUGACAGAUCCAAUUUUAACAAUUUAUUAUGUUCUUCCAUAUAGACGAGUUGUUAAGCGGUUAUUCAGCAAACCGAAAACUGGUUCAAGACGCUUCAGCUUGUUCCAUUCGGAAACUAACACGGUGCGUCAUUGUUAUUUUCGGCUGAAUAAAUUAAUGUUCAUGUUUUCAGGUGUUCACAGUUCCACAUACAUGA